GCGCGUGCACAGUACGCUUAUCUCUAUUUUAUUAUUAUUAUUAUUAUUAUUAUUAAAAUCGUCGGGCCGCAGCAGCUGAUAGUUUGUAAUAUAUAAUAUAUUAUAUACGACACUGUUGCAGUACCUGUCGACCGCGUACGGACGUCGUUCGCGUAAUAUUACGUCUGUAUUGUCUCGCCGACCGUUUACAGCUGACACGUUUUUCGCCCGCACAACCCGAAGACAUUGCGCGUGUAUUUCGCGAUAAAACCGAUACGGAAAAGCCACACGGCGGGUGACCAGGAGAUUUCCGCGGGUUUUCCGACACACGGUCGUCGCCCGACCGGAGCACUGUCGGCGUAGUAUACGAAAUCACCGCCGCAACAAUAUUAUUAUAAUAUCAUCAUCACUGCAGGACGACUCUAAGGUUGUAAACUCAGCGGUGUUACGGACCGAUGGCGGCCACGGUCGGUUAUGGGCGCGCCGAGCCCGACGCUCCGUACGUCGGAAGCUGCAGCGUCGAUCCGCCCGACAUCGAGGAAUUACUCCGUUUGAACCCAAGACCACUAGCUAAUUGCCAAUGGACAACGACUGUGGCCAACGAUGGAGGUACGACGGCAGGAGGAAAAGGAGUUGGAUUGAUGGCGGCUGCGGGAUCUGGGCUGGCCCGGGCCCGGGCGGUAGUCAAGCCAUCUGCGGCAACGGUCGUAGACCGUCAUCAUUACAAGCGCAAUUCUACGUAUUCCGAGGACACCGCAGGUGUCAUAGAUGGGUGUGCUGGUGGUCUAUGGAACCGAUGGUGGACAGACGUCAAACCCAGCACACUGCGAGGUGGCGAGAGAGCGGCUGUUCGCGAGGCGCGCCGUUGUCUCAAAUGUGCACAUGCGCCAUGUCAGCUAUCGUGUCCAACGUCUAUCGAUGUUAAAUCAUUUAUUACGAGUAUCGCUAACCAGAACUAUUAUGGAGCCGCCAAGACGAUCCUGUCGGACAACCCGGUGGGCUUGUCUUGCGGUAUGGUGUGCCCGACGAGUGAGCUAUGCGCCGGUUCUUGUAAUUUGGCCGGCACAGACGGCGGACCUAUCAAUAUCGGUGGACUGCAGCAAUUUUGUCUGGAAAUGUUUAUGGACAUGGCAGUUCCUCCUUCGGCCGUAUCUUCGGAUAGCGACGAUGACGACGAGGAAAGUGAAGAUGGUCCGCCGCUAAAAGCUCGAGGCCAGAGUAGGUUGGCGCCCAUAGCUGUGGUUGGUGCCGGACCGGCUGGACUGACGUGCGCCACGUACUUAAACCGACUCGGAUAUCGGCGCGUAACGGUCUACGAAUCGGGUGCGUACGCCGGCGGCCUUAGCGCCUCCGAGAUACCCGAGUACCGGUUACCGUGGCGGGCAGUCCGUUGGGAAAUUGAGCAGAUGGUCGAGCACGGUCGAGGUGGCGUUCGCCUGGAGUACGGUCGUCGGCUAUAUUCUCCCUCCGCCGGCGGUGGUAGACCCGGUGAUAUGACGUUAAAGGACCUAAUAGAAGGACCUGAUGGAGCAAGGGCCGUGUUCGUGGCCGUCGGCUUACCGGAACCUCAACUUCCGGCCGAUCUCUUCCGCGACGUCGACGUCAGCGGCACUACGGCCGCCGCCCAAAGUCUGGGCGUGUACACUUCCAAAUGGCUAUUGCGACAGGCUUCGGGAUACUCCAAGCGGUUGCCCGACGGUCGCGGAGGAUGUGGUGGUGGUGGUUGUAACGGCAACAGCGGCUGCGGAACGUCGAAAUCGGUCACCGCGCCUCUGCCUCCGGAUUUCCGGGGCAAAACCGUACUGGUGCUGGGCGCCGGUGAUACGGCCAUGGACUGCGCUACGGUUGCGCUCAGGUGCGGCGCCCGCCGCGUACGUGUCGUCUUCCGACGUGGUACACCCGACGUGCGCGCCGUCCCGGAAGAACUGGAAGGAGCGAUGCGAGAGCGUUGCGAGCUGGUGCCCCACUCGCAGCCAGUGCGGUUCUUGUUUCGUAAAGUUCCGGGCGGUGGUACCGAUCGAAUCCGAGCCGUGCAAUUCCGCCGAACCGACAUGGACGACCUGGAGCCACAGCAAGAUUUCGCCGACGAUGACGAAGACUACUCGGCUGAGGACUUGUUCGUGUUGCGCGCCGACUGCGUCGUUUCGGCGUUUGGCUCACGAUUACCGAAAGAAUUGGCGGAAGCUCUUGCACCAUACGCAAGAGUAGACAAGCGCACUGGACGAGUGUGCGUUGACGCUCAAACCGGUCGCUGUGAGUGGUGGACGGAUGAUGAAGAUAAAGACAAACAGGAACGGCGGACGCCACCACCAGUGUGGUGCGGCGGCGACGCUUCUUGUCCAACAGUAUACACAGCCGAACCGUCGCAGACCACGGUAGAGUCGGCCAACGAUGGAAAAACGGCUGCGUAUCACAUACAUCUGUAUCUACAGGAGUUGUACGGUUACCAUAUCCAAAAUCACCAAUCAUCUAUCUCGCGACCACUACUGCCUGGUUUUCGAACAGCAAUUGAUGACGUGGACUUAUCAGUCAGGAUGUGCGGACUGCGUUUUUUGAACCCAUUCGGUCUGGCCUCAGCACCGCCUACAACAAGCGCUGCGAUGAUACGCCGAGCAUUCCGCGCUGGUUGGGCAUUCGCUGUCACAAAAACGUUCGGACUGGACAAGGACUUGGUAACGAACGUAUCACCACGUAUCGUAGGAUUGGGUGGUCAUGGUGUAGGAGGUGGUUCGGCUGCCAAUGGUAUAGGACCUGGUACUAUCGGUGCCGGAGAUCCAGAUGUGGCCAGAAGUGCUUUUUUGAACAUUGAAUUGAUUUCGGAAAAGACCGCCGCAUAUUGGUUACGUUCCAUUCGAGAAUUGAAGUGUGACUUUCCGCAGCACAUCCUAAUUGCCAGUAUAAUGUGCGCGUACAUAGAGAGCGAUUGGACACUACUUGCAAAAUUGGCAUGCGAUGCAGGUGCCGAUGCACUGGAGCUAAACUUAAGUUGUCCCCACGGUAUGGGUGAAUCUGGAAUGGGUUUAGCGUGUGGCCAGGAUCCGGUGUUGGUGGAGAACAUUUCGCGAUGGGUCAAACGAGCAGCGGUGCGAUAUCCUAGUGACGGCGGGGCGCCAAUUUCCGUGCCCGUGUUCACGAAAAUCACGCCCAACGUUACGGACGUGGUGGCUGUAGCCCGAGCGGCAGUGCGACUCGGCGGAGCCGACGGAGUGACCGCUGUCAAUACGGUCUCGGCCCUUGGCCCGUUGGACGUGACCUAUAACGGCGGUCGACCGUGGCCAGGAGUUGGAAAAACCACUGCGGACACGCCACGAACCACAUACGGUGGCAUGUCAGGCACGGCUGUCCGGCCUAUGGGUUUGCGGGCCGUGUCGGCGUUGUCCCGAGCCCUGGGACCGGACGUGGCCGCUGGUGGUGACGGAGGACCACCUGUCCAGAUAAUGGCCACGGGCGGUGUGGAUAGUGCCGCUUCCACGCUUCAAUACCUGUAUUGUGGUGCUAAAGUCGUUCAGGUGUGCAGCGCUGUUCAGAAUCAGGACUUUACCGUCGUCCAGGACUAUAUAACCGGACUCAAGGCGUUGUUGUACAUGAACGGUAUGGGCGGUGACAAAGGACGGGAGAAACAGAGUCGUCCCACCCCCGCGUUGGUCAAGGAUUCGAUCGACUUAUCCGACGACUACGAUAUCGUAUCGACGACGGCCUCGAUCGCCGACCAAAAGGGUAGUAAACCGAUGUUUGGACCGUACUUGCGAAACAAGCGCCGUGAGCAGGCAUCCGGCGCGGCAGCAGAUAUGGCUAACACGAUCCAGGGGACCAAAACCAACGGAGUUGGUCAGACACCGGAACUGGUGAUUACGGUUCCGGAACCGGAACCAGAGGAAACCAAUGACGACUUAGUUCCUGCUCCGGUGGAGACGCCUGUGGAAAUGGUUGUGGGCCGAUCGCUGAAAGCCGUCGGCACGUACAAAUCACUCGACAAUCGCGCGCAGGUGGUGGCUCUAGUCAAUGAGGACUCGUGCAUCAAUUGCGGCAAAUGCUAUAUGGCUUGUAAUGAUUCCGGUUACCAGGCGAUUUCGAUGGACCCGAAAUCACAUAUUGUUCACGUCCAACCUGACUCGUGCACGGGUUGUACGUUGUGUUUGACGGUGUGCCCGAUUGCUGGUUGCAUCAGCAUGGUCGAAAAGACGGUACCACAUGUGGUGAAUCGCGGUCUGGGCCGUCGACAGCAAGUUUCCACGUACGCGUGUCCCAACGACGGCGGAUACAUUGACCAGCAGCGUUUCUCGGAUGAACAGAAAGACCAUGGUAGUCCGGCAGUGGCGACUCAAUGAUGGUCACGAUAAUAUUAUUUCCACCGAAAAUAUUUACCUACUCACGCGCCACCGAGAUCUAUACGUCCGCGAGUCUUAAAACUUAUAACUGUGCCAGUCGUGUAUUAAAUAAUGAUAAAUUGUUGUUCGAAUCGAAGCGUCUAUUAUAUAAAUAAUAAUAUAUAUUAAGUAACUUUAAACACCAAAAAUGGUAUUAUGUAAUGAUAUCGCCUAUAUCGGUAUUAUGUUAUGCUUAUGUUGUUUGUAAAAGGUUUUAACUCGAUGUAGUUAAAGACCUACAUAUUAUAUUAUUAUAUGUAGUAUUGUAACGUGUAGUUUAUUACAUUAUAUACUGCACAGAUACUCAUCACAUCAUUCACAGUCGUGCAUAUCUAAUAUGUAAUCUAAUCGAUCGUUUUAUAUUUUUAAAUUACCGUAUUUAUACAAUAAUAAUUUUUUUAGUAUUUAUGAUGCACACGUUUGUACAAUAUUUUAUAUUGCUAUACUUAUUUGAAUCGAAAAUGUUUACUUUUACUUUAUAUACUAUUAUAUAUAUAUUAUAUUAUUAUGUACGUGAAGAUAAUGUGAUGUAUAAAAUAAAAAAUGGCUCAUGCUUAGUGUUGCUGCGAUGUCUAGUU